AUGUCUGGCGAAGACACUCAGAACAGGUUGGAGGCAAUCAAACAGUAUCUUGCUACUUCAUCUUCUUCUCGGACUUCGCGGACUAUUACUGAUAAUCCACUCUUUCAACGUCUUGCUCAUCAAGUGGAUCCUGUGAAAAUGCCCUUAUUGUCUCACGACUCAGAUUCAGACGAUUCUAUUACAUCUUACAGAGAUAUGGCACAAAAUAGGACGUUGAAAGAGUUGGCUGCGCCAGAUAUUGAUCAACAACCGCUAUGCAUUCAAUAUGCACCCCUUGAUGUGAACUUUGAACUCAAGUCGGGCCUCAUUCAUCUAUUACCAUCGUUCCAUGGGCUGCCUGGUGAGGAUCCGAAUAAUCAUCUCAAGGAAUUCCAUAUUGUAUGCUCCAGUAUGAAGCCAGCCUCAGUGACAGAAGAACAAAUAAAACUCCGAGCUUUUCCUUUCUCUCUAAAGGAUUCAGCAAAGGAGUGGUUGUAUUAUCUCCCCCCUGGUACUGUGGAGACCUGGAACACUAUGAAGACCUUGUUUUUGGAGCGGUAUUUUCCAGCAUCUAAAGUGGGGAGUAUAAGGAAAGAAAUUUGUGGCAUCAGGCAGGCUGUGGGAGAAUCACUCUAUGAUUACUGGGAGCGCUUUAAGCGGUUGUGUGCUAGUUGUCCUCACCAUCAGAUCAGUGAGCAACUAUUGAUUCAAUAUUUCUAUGAGGGAUUACUGCCGUUGGACAGGAGUAUGAUUGAUGCAGCCAGUGGGGGUGCACUAGUUGAUAAGACUCCUGCUACAGCCAGGAGCUUGAUUUCUAAUAUGGCUGCUAACUCACAACAGUUUGGCAUUCGUCAAGAUCCUGUUCCACCGCCUAAAUCAGCUAAUGAAGUGAGCACCUCUAAUGCUAAUCAGCUGGGUCAACAAUUGGCUCAAUUAACUGCCGUGGUACAACAACUAGCUCUAGGCCAACAGGUGCGGCCAUGUGGAAUUUGUCAGUUAGUAGGGCAUUCAACUGAUGCUUGUCCUACCCUUUUUGAAGUGUCAACUGAAGAAGCCAAUGCCGUUGGAGGAUUUCCAGGUCAACCUAGACCGAGGUACAACCCAUAUUCAAACACUUAUAAUGAAGGGUGGCGUGAUCAUCCUAACCUUCGUUAUGGUAAUCAACAAACUGCGCAACCAGGGCCCAAUAUGCCACCAGGGUUUACCUAUCAACCGAGACCUCCACAGAAUUAUGCUCCUCGACCACCACCACCUGCUCCUACUCAGAGUCAAGGGUCCUCUAUUGAAGAUUUGAUCAAGGCUCUUGCAAGUAAUACUAUACAGUUCCAGCAGCAGACCCAGGCUUCAUUGAAGAAUUUAGAGAACACCAUGGGGCAGAUUGCAACAUCCUUGAGCAGGGGUGAGACGCAGAACACUGGCAAACUCCCUUCUCAGGCUGAAAAGAACCCUAGAGAGAAUGCUAGUGCAGUAACCUUGAGAAGUGGCACCUCUUAUGACCCACCUAAAGUACCAUCACCACCUCCUGUACCAAACACACCACCACCACCCACAAAUGACAAUGACCCACCUAUCACAGCAUCUUUACCUAAACCCACCGUGACCUCACAUAUCACCCCUCCACCAUUCCCUAGUAGAUUGCGAAAAUCCAAGAAAGUAAAAAAAUUUCUUGCAUGA